UCAUGUGACCACAAAAUGGUGGAAGCUGUGAACUGUUUGUAACCAAGACAUCUCCACCGACAGACUGGGAGCAGGAAAUAGGCUGUGAACUUGGAAGUGCAUUCAUGCUCUGAGACGCAGGACGACAGAGAUUCCUGAGCCCCGGCAGUGGUCCUCCUGGGGAUGGACCUGGCAUCAGAGAGUGAAAUGAACUCUGAGGGCGAAGGCAGGCCAGUCCCUCCGGCCUCUCUACCCCUGCAAGGAGGUCCCACCCAAAGAAAAAAGCUGUCUGCUCCUCGUAUUAGCCUGUCACUGGACCAGAGCGAGGACGACUUGGGUGACACGCCAGAUGAUCUCGACAUUAACGUGGAUGAUCUCGACACUCCAGAUGAGGGGGAUUACCUUGACUACACCGACCAUGAAAUGGACUGGGAAGACCCCGGUGCAGCCAGUAGGAGUGGGACAGGUGAGCCUUAUGAUCCAAUCCCGACAUACAGCGCUGAAGAGGAGCGCCAAGAUGGCAAGCUGUGGAGGACGGUCAUCAUCGGGGAGCAAGAACAUCGUAUCAACAUGAAGCUCAUCGAGCCCUACAUGAAAGUCGUCUCCCAUGGAGGCUACUAUGGAAACGGAGUGAAUGCCAUCAUAGUGUUUGCUGCCUGUUUCCUGCCAGACAGCGACAGAGAGGACUACCAUGAAAUAAUGGAGAACCUCUUUCUCUAUGUGAUCAGCACCCUGGAGCUGAUGGUGGCAGAGGACUACAUGAUCGUGUACCUGAAUGGAGCCACACCCCACAGAAGAAUGCCUGGUCUUGGUUGGCUAAAGAAGUGCUAUCAGAUGAUUGACAGAAGGCUCAGGAAGAAUUUGAAAUCCUUCAUUAUUCUGCAUCCAUCAUGGUUUAUAAGGACCAUUCUAGCCGUUACCAAGCCCUUCAUCAGCGCCAAGUUCAGCAGUAAGAUUAAGUUUGUGAACAGUCUGGAUGAGCUGCAGGAACUCAUCCCCAUGGAAUACAUCCAGAUCCCAGAGUGCAUCGUUAGACUUGACAAAGACCUGAAGGAAGCAGCUGAGAACUCAAAAGUGAAUAGUUUUCUGCAGGGACCAGAGCCAACAGCAGCAGCCAGAACAUACGGAGCAGACUCAGCCAGUGCCAGCAGCUCUUAACCACAAUCAUCCUAAAAGAAUGGGUCACCAUGUUGUUCAGAAGUCACUGGAAAGCAGAGGCACAGGCUCGUAAAGCUAAUAUAUGUGUGUGUGUCUGUGUUUGUCAAUUAGAAGCUGAAGUUUAAUAUAAAAACUUAUUAUAGUACCUGUUAACACUCAGAUCUCAUUCCUUUUAGCUGCUGUAGCAUCUACUGUACUAUAACGCCUGCAAUCAUGCAGGAACUAUAUAGCCAAGUGUGAUGCUUGGCAGCACCUACAGAGGAGCAUCAGCGUUCACAGUAGGAUAGGAAAUGCAGUUAUACACCAGACAGUGCGCUGCACAAAUCCAUUUGUAAAGUGCUGUAUAGUAGUUGUAUGCAUGACAAGUCGGGAAGCAAUAAUAUCACCCUGUACUGGUUAAACCGUCUCAGUAUUUCAGCUAAAGAGACGACAUGUGUCAGCAAUAUACAAUAAAAGCACAAGGUGAGGCCAAAAAAACCUUGUGCCAAAAAUGACCAACUUGUGCAUUUCAGCAAUCCAAUCUACAUUUGUAAUACUCAUUCUAAGGCUGAGAGCUCCAAAAUAGAUAUUUUAAUUAUACUGAAACCAAGGAGGAAUAAGUUAAAUAGAAAAUCAGCUCAAAAUCACUCUUCAGGUUUUCCUGGCUUAGGAUCUCUGUAAAGCACAUUUGUGUGUGCAUUUGUGCAUGUCCCCUGAUCACUGACGGCCCUCUUACCCAUUAGUCCUACUACUUUGGUGUACUGAGGAUGUGUAAAGAAAUUAUGGAUCACUGUAGUAAUUCAAUAAAAUGGACUGAAGUCUGA